UUGCUAUUUGAUCAUUUUGAUGUGUACACAAUAAUGUGUCGCCGCCGACUCCGCCGCUGUAGUCACCGCCACCACCCUCCCUUCCCCAGACGUUUGCUCGGAUGAGAUCAUCGGGCACAGCGCGUAAGAGAGAAGUGAAAGGGAAAAUCGUAUUUAUUUUAUUAAUAUUAUUAUCAUCGUUAUUCAACUAUAUCUAUAAUAAUAACAACGAUAUUGGUCCAUCGCUAUUGUACAGACGCUGUAAUAGGUAUUCCGCUCUCGAUUCAACAGUUGUAAUCGGGCGCAGAGCAAACGAAAUCAAAAAGCGGUGUUUGUCGCACAUAAAAGAAUCGAACAUUUCGUUUCGAAUUUUUCGUUUGGUGCUGUAUGCUGUACGAUUUUGAAAACGAGAAAAUUGAAUCAAUCCAGUUUUGUGGUCUUACGCCGUUACAAUAGUGGCAGUGUAUGUUCAUAUAUUCAUCUUCUAUCUACUACACCUACGAUUAUUAUAAUAUCGUCUUUAAAGUGUGCCACUGUGUUGUUGUGUCAUAAUUUUGACGACGGUUUGAAGAUGAACAAAAAGUGUGCCAGAUGCGAGAAAAUCGUUUAUCCUAUUGAAGAGCUAAAAUGUCUCGAUAAGGCUUGGCAUAAACAAUGUUUCAAAUGCCAGUCCUGUGGCAUGACAUUAAACAUGAGAAAUUACAAGGGAUUCAAUAAAGAGCCAUACUGUGAAGCUCAUAUUCCAAAAGCAAAACAUACAACUGUAGCUGAAACUCCGGAGUUAAAAAGAAUUGCUGAAAAUACAAGAUUACAAUCAAAUGCCCAAUAUCAUGCUGAGUUUGAAAAGACUAAAGGAAAACUAACACAAGUUGCAGAUGACCCAGAAACAUUGAGAAUAAAAGCUAAUUCAAAAAACAUAAGUAAUGCCGAGUAUCAUGGAGAUUUUCUGAAAAAAGCGGAGAUGGAACAGCGUAGACAUUUAUCAAAUGGGAAUAAUGCAGCAAAUAAUAAUGAAUCAUUAAAAAAAAAUGUUAUUGCGAACAAAACAAUUCAAGAUAUUGAUCAUAGUAAUACUAUUAAACAAAAUAAAGUACAGCAGAGUUAUAAUAGUGGAAACACUAGAUAUGCGCCUCAGAAAGUUGAAAAUACACAGCACCAUACUAGAGUAGAAGACUCUUCAACUAAAAUUCCUGCAUGUUUAAAUCGUCAAUCUUCUACUUUAAUUUAUUCAUCUGAUAGUGGAGAUUUAAUUAACAAUGCAUACAACAAUCACAUUGGUUCAAUAGCUGACUAUGAUCCUAUUAAAAAACAACCAUCAUAUGGUGGUGUUAAGUAUACUAAUAAUUCUGAAAGUCAAAACUAUAACCUCGGGAGAGUUUACCGAGCUAUGUAUGAUUAUGAAGCUCAAGAUUUGGAUGAAGUUUCAUUUACUGAUGGAGAUUUAAUUGUCAAUUGUGCCGCUAUAGAUGAUGGUUGGAUGACAGGUGUUGUACAAAGAACCGGUGAAUCUGGUAUGCUACCAGCUAACUAUGUUCAACCCGCAGCUAUUUAAUUCUGAUUAAUAAUUUUGUUACAUAUUAUUUGUUAAUGUUUAUAAUAUGGUGAAAAUGUAAUAAUUUUAUAGUAAUUUGUUUCUACUAAUUCCCAAAACUAAUUUAUAUGUAUUACUACAGCUAAAGAAAUUAAGAGCAACUAAUUUAUGUGAUAUCAAACUUGUUAAACUAAAACUAAUUUAAGAUCACUUAUCAUAAAUAAAUUUAAAAAAAUAUUCCUAAAUUAAAAAAAAAAAUACUAUUAAGUGAAAGAAACAUUCCAGUAUUGUAACUAGUAUUGACAUAUUUUUAUUGUAUAACUUAAAAGUAAACUUUUAUAUGAUUUGCACCAGCAAAGUAAUUAACAUGAGAUUAAAAUUUAUUGUUUUAAAUUUAUAAAUAAAUAUGUGCUUAUUCUAUUUUUGUAUAAAAAUUAAUUUAUUUUUAGACUUAAUAAAAGCAGUGUUAUUUUAAUAUUGUUAUGAAAAAUUCAAAAAUAUAUAAGACAUACUCUUAAUAAAUUAACUAUCUAUCUAGUAAUUUAUAUAAAUGAAAACUUAUUUUAGUUUUACAUAAAACAUGUCUUCAAUUUGUAUUACAUGCUGACUAUGAAAAAUAAAUAUUUAUAUUAUAAUUAAAUCUUAUUUUGAAACAUUUCCCUAUUUAGUAUAUUAUUUAUUUUUGGGUAGAUGCAUACUAUUUCUGUUAUUCCCGUGUUUUUUUUUAUAUAGUAUUAUUAUUAUUAUUAUUAUGAUUAAUAUUAAUUAAUUCUUCGUAAUUGUUAAUUUUUUUAUUGUUAUAAAUUGAUUACGAUUUCGCAUAGUAUUUUUUCAUUUAUUGAACAUUAUGUUUUUUAAUUAAACGCUUAUCGUCAUAAGAGCUAUAAACAAUUAUACUAUACAACAUAUUUAGAUAUGAACUAUGUCUUUUUAAAUAUUUAUAUAUAUAAUUGAACGUAGAUAAGACAUUUUUUUACAAAAUAAAAAUUUUUUAUCCGUAUUACAAAUUAAGAAUUUUUAUAGUUAUUAAAUGUUGAUGUAAUCCAUACAGAAUUUUAAACUUGUAUAAGUUAAAUAAUAUCAUUACUCGCUGUAUGAAACUGAGGUUAGUGAUAGUAAGUAGAGUUGAAAAUUUAAAAGCAUUCACAUUAAAAUAAAGAGUUAUCGAUAUUUAUGCAUGAUUUCCAUUGAAAAUUUAUAAAUCGAAAUGCUUUAAAUUAAUAUUUAAUACUUGGUGUGAAACUACCAACAUAAUAUUAAGCCAAGGAUAAUACAUUAUAAUGAAAAUCGUUUUGAUAAAAUGAUCAUCUAUUCACCAUUGAGUUAAUUUCUAUUCAAGAUUAAGAAUUAGGAUUUAUGAUUUUAUUAUAUAUUUAUACCAAUAGAUAAAAAUACACUAACAGCAAAAAAAAAAUUAAACUAAGUUAUGUAAAUAUUAAAUAUCUAUAAUAAUGAAUAUUAUUUUUUUAAUGACUUAUUAAAGAUAUUUUAUAGAUUAUGUGUCAAGUUGUCAUGAAUAGAAUAUUGUUUUUCAACAUACUAAUGUUAUUCUAAUAUCUACAGCCUUGGUUUCAGUUGUAUUUAAUGUUGAUAAAUAUCUAUUUAAUUACUAAUUACCAAAAGUAUAUUAUAUUGUUGUGAUUAUUAUUUUUUGUUAAAUCAGAUAUAUCUAGUUGGUAGUUGGGCGAAGGAUGUGUUUUUCAUUUGACAAAAUAUUAGCUAUAAAAGCAUAUUGAUAACAAUUUUAUUUUAUUAAUUAAAUAAUAAAUACAUUUUGAAAAAUAUAUAAGAUUUAACUUAGUUUAAUUUUUUUGAAUAAAAUAUCUGUGACAAAUGUCA